AGAAGCAGGCAAUGGAGAGUAGUGCUACACUUCCACUCCACGUUUGCCAUGUCAAGAAAACGGAGCUAGUAAUAAACAGGCUCCACGCUUUCCUCCAUGGAAUUGCUUUACUGUCAUUGUUUUACUACAGAAUCACUUCACUCGCCGAUAUUAUCAGAAAUAGGGAUAACACUCUCCUUCUACCCCAUGUUCUAAUCCUCAUUUCUGAGCUCAUACUCUCUUUCAUUUGGCUUCUUAGUCAGGCCGCAAAGUGGAAGCCUGUUGCUCGAAAAACAUACCCUGAAAGAUUGCCAGGAGAUGAAAAGCUUCCUUCCAUUGAUGUGUUCAUAUGCACCGCUGAUCCCAACAAAGAGCCCUGUGUGAAAGUGAUGAAUACUGUCAUAUCGGCUUUGGCACUUGAUUAUCCUCCUCAUAAGCUUCAUGUUUAUCUUUCAGACGAUGGGGGUUCUGUUGCAACUUUCCGGGCCAUUAAACAGGCUUGGAAAUUCUCCAAGUUAUGGGUUCCAUUCUGCAAAAAAUAUAAGGUGAAGAUUGCAUGCCCGGAGGCCUAUUUUUUGACAGAUGAUGAAAGUGGUCCUGAUGGCAAGUUCCAAAGCAAUGAGUUCAUAGUUGAGAAGAAGGAAAUUGAGACAAGGUAUGCAGAAUUCAAGGAAAUUGUGGCGAAGAUCAUUGCGGAUACAAGUAUUUCUGUGAGCAAAGAUCAUCCGCCCAUGAUUGAGGUGAUUGAUGAUGCAAAUGACGAUGGAAUCGAUUCAAACCAAAGAGAGAUACCUCUACUUGUUUAUGUUGCUAGAGAGAAAAGGCCUUCUCAUCCACACCAUUUCAAAGCCGGAGCACUUAACGUUCUUCUCCGAGUGUCUGCCAUGAUAAGCAAUUCACCGUACAUUCUGGUCCUGGACUGUGACAUGUACUGCAAUGAUCCAUCGUCGGCACGCCAAGCAAUGUGCUUUCAUUUCGACCAUGAAUUAUCCCCAAAACUUGGUUUUGUUCAGUUUCCACAGAAAUUUUACAAUAUCAACGAGACGGACAUCAAUGAUGGGCAACAAAGAUCUGUUUGGUCGAAAUGGGAAGGCUUAGAUGGGAUCAUGGGACCAAUCUUAUCUGGAACAUGCUUUUAUAUAAAGAGGGAAGCACUUUGUGGAACUCAGAAAUUUCGAGAGGAUGUUGAUUUUAUCAAGUUGAAGAAGUGUUUUGGUUCAUCCAACGAGUUCAUCAAAUCAAUAAGUAUAUAUCAUAAGCGGAAUUAUCAAAUUGAACACAAGUUCCGUGAAAAUAAAGUUGAGGAAGAGCUCCAAUUGCUAGCUUCAUGUAGCUACGACGAUGACACAAAAUGGGGGAAAGAGGCAAGUUGUAUAUAUUUUAUUAUAUUAUGAAAGUGAAGUAGAAUUAGAGGUAAAGAUCUGUGAUUUUUACUUGUACAUUUUAAUUGCAGGUGGGGUUUAGAUAUAUCAGUGUGGUGGAAGACUACUUUACAGGCUUCAAUUUACACUGCAAGGACUGGAUCUCUGUGUAUCUUAAUCCUUCCCGGCCAUGUUUCUUGGGCGAAACCCCUAUAAGUCUCAAUGAACUUUUGGUUCAGCAAACGCGAUGGAGCGUUGGCUUCUACCAAGUUGCUCUGUCGAGGUUUUCUCCCCUUAUAUACGGGCCGCUGAGAAUGUCAAUUUCUCAAAGCAUGUGCUAUGCAGAUUUAGCGUAUAGCCAAAUUUAUUUCCUGUCCCUUUAUAUUUUAGCUCUCAUUCCUCAACUCUGCCUAAUCAGCGGCGUUCGUCUGUACCCUGAGGUUUCAAGUCCCUUUUUCGUUGGGUUUUCAUUUGUUUUCCUCUCCGCCCAGCUCAAACACGUGCAAGAGGUCUUCUCGACCAGGCACCCAAUGAGAACGUGGUCGAACGAGCAGAGAAUGUGGAUGAUGAAAUCAUUGACAUCCUACUUAUAUGCUGCACUAGAAGCUGUAAUGGAGAAACUUGGGCUGACGAAAGCUAGGUUUUUGCCAACGAAUAAGGUGGUUGAUGACGAACAAGAGAAGCGUUACCAAAUGGGAGUGUAUGAUUUUCAAGCACCAGCUCUCUUCAUGCUUCCGUUGUGCAGUCUUUAUAUAUUGAAUGUUGCUUCAAUUAUGAUUGGAUUUGGAAGGAUUAUGCAGACUCAGAAGUGGAACCUGAUGCUUAUACAAGCUUUUAUCCCGUUAUUCGCCACGGUUUUGCAUUUUCCUUUACUUGAAGGAAUGGUGGUGAGGAAGGAUAAGGGCCGAGUUUCACCUUCUAUUUCUCUUCUCUCUGCUAUAAUUUCCAUAAUUUUCGUGUCCUUUGCAUCGCUUUUCAAUUACUAUUAAAUGGAAUGACAGGUAUUGGUUAUGUAUGUGUGAGUCGUCGGUGGCUUCUUUUAUAGUUGGCUAGCAGACAAUUGCUGCUGGGUCUGUAUUGUGUCUUUGGUUUGUUUUAGAUAUUAAUGAUG